AUGAGUAAAACCAUGAGGACCAGCAGCCACUCUAGUAACACUCGGUCUGAAACUAUAAUAUCAUGCGAGUAUUACCCAGCAGUAAAAGCUCACAGCCAUAGCCAUAACCAUAGCCAUAACCAUGGUCACAAUCAUGAUCACCAUGGCCAUUCACACAUACUCAGUGAUCAGAUACCAACAGGACCGCAGCAACUACAACAACAACUACAGCAACAGCUACAGCAACAACAGCUACAGCAACAACAGCAACAACAACAACCGUCACAGUCUCAAAGAAGACGACGACGGAGACGCAGAAGAGGAGGACAACGUGCGCGGCGUGUGACUCUUAAUGCAGAUGGUACACCAGUGGUGGCAGGAAUGUUGCCUGGAGUCGUGGCUGGAGCUGUAGCGGGAGCUAUGGCUGGAGCUAUGGCAGGAGCUAUGGCAGGUACACGGGGGGCCGGUCGACGGCGAAACAUUAUUCCUACUGUUUCUGUGAUAUCAGAAGAUGUUGGAAGUGAUUUCGAAGAUACCACUGGUAGUGAGGGGUCUCGUGGGUUACGCGAAGAAGAAGAAGAAGAAGAAGAAGAAGAAGAAGAAGAAGAAGAAGAAGAAGAAGAAGAAGAAGAAGAAGAAGAAGAAGAAGAAGAAGAAGAAGAAGAAGAAGAAGAAGAAGAAGAAGAGGAAUAUGAGGAUGAUGACGAUGAAGAAGAAGAAGAGGAAGAAGAAGAAGCUUACAGUUUUAUUACGAGUCGAACGAUUGACAAACAGAGACUCUAUGCACAUUUAUUUUCUUCUGGAACAUGGCAAGGUCCAGUAUCUGGACAUGGGGACCAAUGGGGGUCUUCAUCAAACGAUUCACAGCAGCAGCAGCAGCGGCAACCACAACAACAACAACAACAUAAUGGCCCGGUGCCAUUAUUAGUACAAUUGGAUGAUUUACUACGGAAACUUGUGCAAUUGUUGACCUAUAUGGAUGUACUUGUUCUUGCUGCGGUUUCAGAUAUGUAUCAUGAUGCAGUGGCUGCUCAGGUGACUGAACCGUCGUCACGAGCCGGUGCCAAGCGGGUAGCCAUGGAGCGAGUUUUACGGGAACUGGAGCAGGCCAAGGCGUAUCUACGAGAGCAAGAGGUUCAGAUAGUGAGGUUACGGGUUCGUCUUGCUGCUUUUGGAUGUAAUGGGGAUGAGCCUGGAGGAUUUGGAGGACGGCUUGUGGGUAGUAGUGGUAGUAGUGGUAGUAGUGGUAGUAGUGGGUUGAUGUCAUCAUCAUCUGGGAAUGGUGGUGGCCCACCAGAGUGGGAGCAAUUAGGGGUUGCGCCGUUUAUAGAGGCUGAGAUUGCAGAUUUGCAUGGAGUUUUUGAUAAGAUGACGCAGGACUUGGCGAGUUUAAAAAGUUUAGUGGGAGUACCAGUUGGAGGAGGAGGAGGAGGAGGAGGAAGAAGAAGAAGAAGAAGAGGAGGAAUAGAGGGAUGUUGUGGAAAUCGAGAAGGAGAAGAAGAAAAAGAAGAAGAAGAAAAAGAAGAAGAAGAAGGAUGUGGUGAAGAGUAUUGGGAUGAUGAAGAACUAGAGGAAGAACUAGAGGAAGAACUAGAGGAAGAACUAGAGGAAGAACUAGAGGAAGAACUAGAAGAGGUUGAAGUGGAGGUUGUGGAGGAAGAAGAAGAAGAAGAAGUGGAUGAUGUUGAAGAAGAAGAAAAGAAGUUAAAAGAAUAG